AGCUACCACGUCAUCCAUCGAGAUGGGAAACAGGGCUGAAGGGUCGGGAAGCCAGGAUCUGUGUUCACGGCACAACAUGAAAAAACUCUUCAGAACCGGAAUAUGUGCUCGCUGUCAUGCCACGUGAGCUAUUAAGUUGCGUCUUUGUCUCUCUAUCCGUCCGUUAUAUCUCAAACGCCUUGCUCAGUGUCGUUCGGUCAUACGUUCGUACGUUAUAUUCUGAAGGGAUGUCGUCCGUUCCGGCCUUAAAAAGACAGACAUGCAUGAUGCAGAUCAUAACUGCUGCGGCUAUUAUGCAGCCUCUAUGGUACCUCAAACAUAGCUUCCAACCCCCCUUCCUAAAACUAGUCCUCGUCUUCCAAUGGGACUCUGACUAUUUCCAUGGGGCCCUGCUUCCUGUCUCUUGUGCCCUGCUUACGGUUCGUAACCUACCGGAUAGACCGUUACACGCCAUACACAAAGCAUGGACGAAUUACAUAUGUAUAACAUAUGCUACAUGCCCCUACCCGCGCGCGGAACAGGGUUCCCCAGCUUCUUCUUACACUGCUACCCGGAUAACAUGGGGGUGGCUUUACGGGUUCUAGCAUCAGGCUGCAGGGCUUGGCGGACCAUGGGGAAGGACUCCUGUGAGUUGAGUUUUGCUCCGUGUAGCCCCGAGCCGUAGCGGCAACGGCUGCUUCCCCCUUUCGCCAGGCCCCUUUUCUUUGCCGGUCUCCUUCGUGCGAUCCAGCAAUGCAUGCAAUGCCCAGCCUUCUUUCCCCUUU